UUGUUUGUUUAAAUAGGGCUUACUCCUCCUGUGUCUGCAGUGAUACUGAUUUUAAACAGUUGAGUUUGAGAGUCUGGGUUUCAUCCACACUGUGUGUAAGAAUUUCACCUUUCAAGUCCUAGGUUUCUCUUUCCUAGGGCCCAGAACCCAUCUGCACCCAGGUGGACAGGAGGCUCUGGCAUACCUGGGAGGGGAACAGCAGACAAAAGCCUCUGAGUCUGGGACUAACCACUGCUUCUGUUCUCAGCGGGAGCCCCAACACGGAGACCUGAGAAAAGAUGAGACUGGAUCUUCUGGGACACUUUCCUCUCCUCCUGCUGCUGCUGGCUUUAUGGGGGCCAGUGCGUCCACUUUGUGCUUGGCGUCAAUCCCUCACCAGGGCCCAGUGGUUUGAAAUUCAGCAUGUAAGGUCAAGCCCUGUCAGGUGCAAUACAGAAAUGAAUGGUGUCAAUAAUUAUACUCAGAACUGUAAGGUUCACAACACCUUUCUGCAUGACUCCUUCAAGAACGUGUCUGAUACCUGUCUUUUGUCCAACGUGACCUGCAAAAAUCGGAUGAAUAACUGCCACCGGAGUCCACAGCGUGUUAAUAUGACUGACUGCACACUCACUUCAGGGAAGUAUCCCAACUGCAAGUACAAAGAUACUCCCCUGUACAAAUUCUUCAUUAUUGCCUGUGAUCCCCCUCAGCAGGGCGACCCUCCCUAUCGGUUGGUUCCUGUACACUUAGAUAACGUUAUUUGAAGUUUCCAUCACUUUCCCUGUCAUUCAGCACAGGUUUUCUUAUGAUCUCCUCUGCUAUUUCUUUUCCUUUGUUGAUUUCCAUGGUUCCCAUAGAAGAAAGAAGGAGGGUACUGGGCGGGGGGGGGGGGGGGGGGGGGAUUCACAUGCCAAGGAUGCAAGACCAGCGCUGGGGACAAAGAGACAUGGGAUUCUUUUCUGCUUUGGGAGGUCUGUGUGUUUUGAAGGAAGGCAAUAGGGAAGAGGGCAAAGAAAGACACAGGCUUCCAUAUUUUUAAUCUUGGAACUUCUGCCAAGCUUUGGUGCACUGUGUUCACAGCAAUAAAACCACUUUCUUUUGCAUUGUAACGACUGUGAGUAUGUGUGUUUGGGGCCCCUGUACAUCAUUGCCACUCUGGAGCCACCUAGACUUGCAUUUGCCAGCAUUCUCAGAACUAUUUGGGUCUUAGGCAACCUUAGAGGUUAUUAAGCAACCUUGGGCCUCUGCCACUUCUCUCACCACUGCGUCUUUGGGACUUUGGAGCAAGAAAGUUCUCUAUCCCUUCAAACUCUGUUCAUAGAUUUUACAUAUUUCCCUUAAAACCAUUGUCUAUGUUUAUCUGUAGGUGGCAUGGAUGCCUCAUAGACUGUUUUGACAGCACUUUCACACACAGAUUCUAACACUGACAACUGAUGCAUCGUAGAUCUUUACUAUUGGUUUCUAUAUUUCAUCAGAUAAUGUUUUAAAUAUAGGUAGUAGUAAGGAUAAUAAUCCACUAUAGGCUUAGCGUCAAUUCUCCCAUUAUAAUUUUUUAAAAAAACUAUUUUUUAAAUGAUUAUUUAUUUAUUUUGAGAGAGAGAGUACUAGCAGGGGAGGGGCUGAGAGAGGGGAAGAGAGAGAAUCCCAAACAGGCUCUGUGUCAUUAGCACAGAGCCCUAUGAGGGCUCAAUCUCAUGAACCAUGAGAUCAUGACCUGAGCUGAAAUCAAGACACUCAACCGACUGAGCUACCCAGGUGCCCCCAAUUCUCCCAAUCUUUUGGAAUCAAUGAAGAGAAAACAUAAAUUCAAGAAAAAAAAAGCAGUGGGAAACUAAAAAAAAGCCUUACAUAAAUCCUGAAAUAUCACAGAAAUAAUGGCGUUUUGGAACAGGUAGUGGAUUUAGAAAUUGAAGGACUAGGGUUAAGAAUUAGGCUGGAUUAAGAA